CACUUUUUCAACUCCAACCAAGCAACAAGCUCUCAUCACUCAACCUCCGACUGCUCCCUUCCCUCCAAACCACCUUUUGACUUGUCAACCGGCUGGUCCCCGACCCUUGCCCGACAUGUUGGCGAGAUCUUCUCUGCGCUCGAUGCGCAUUCUCAAUGGCGCCCGGAACGGCUCCUCCGCCGUGGCCAAGCGGUCCCUCUCGAGCUCCGGCGCCUCCGCCGAAUCUCCUAUGAAGCUGAACAUGGCCGCUGCCGCUUCCACCGCUCUCGCCAUUGGAUCCGUCGCCUGGUACUACCACCUUUACGGACCGACUGCCCACGCUGCGACGCCUGCUGAGGAAGGUCUCCAUCCUACACAGUACCCCUGGGUUCACGCACAAUGGUUCAAGACCUUCGAUCACCAAGCUCUUCGCCGUGGUUUCCAGGUUUACCGUGAAGUGUGCAUGGCUUGCCACUCUCUGAGCCGUAUUCCUUACCGAUCUCUUGUCGGUACUAUCCUCACUGUGGACGAGGCUAAGGCCAUGGCCGAGGAGAACGAGUACGACAGCGAACCUAACGACGAGGGGGAGAUCGAGAAGCGACCCGGAAAGUUGUCUGACUACAUCCCUGCUCCCUACAAGAACGACGAGGCUGCCCGAGCUGCCAACAACGGUGCUCUCCCUCCUGAUCUAAGCUUGAUCAUUAAGGGACGUCACGGUGGAUGCGACUACGUUUUCAGCUUAUUGACCGGUUAUCCUGAUGAGCCCCCUGCUGGUGCUCAGGUUGGUGCUGGUCUCAAUUUCAACCCCUACUUCCCCGGUACUGGUAUUGCCAUGGCUCGUGUCCUGUACGAUGGUCUGGUCGAAUACGAAGACGAAACCCCUGCGACGGCAUCUCAGAUGGCCAAGGACGUUGUCGAAUUCCUCAACUGGGCUGCAGAGCCUGAAAUGGACGACCGGAAGCGUAUGGGUAUGAAGGUUCUAGCUGUUACUAGCGUAUUGUUUGCUCUCAGCGUCUGGGUCAAGAGGUACAAGUGGGCAUCGAUCAAGUCAAGGAAGAUUGUCUAUGACCCUCCAAAACUCCCUAACAAUACCCGAUUUUAAGCCCCUAUGCAUGUAUGUACUACUAGACUCCCGACGAUUCCUUUGUUUGUGGCAAAGGGGAGAAAACUUUGAUGUUGCCGGUUGGGCGAAGCAGCCCCGAGUCGCGAUUUUAGAGUGUAAAUCAAAUUUCUCUGUUUUUAGACGUUUACAGAGUUUUUGCUUGCCUAGGAAGAAUUUAGCGAGUGGUACGAACAUAGAAAGUCGGAACCGUGAUAUUUAUAACCUUGGAACACAUAUACUGCAAUAUGUAGUCCUAUCUUCAAAUUCUCAUCGACACCCUAAUUUUCUCCCACGGCCGUCCGGUAGCAACCUUUCAUAGUAAAACACAAAAAGAAUUAAAAUUCCCUUCGUUCAACUACGCUGU